AUGCCUGAGUUCGACCCUCAGAAGAAGUAUCAGGAGCAAGAAGAGACAUUUUUUGAUGAUGGCAGGGAGAUCGAGCUUUUGCACUUCGUCUACAACAAGUCAAACAUUGACAAUAUCAGGGGUUCUCCAACAAAAGUGCUAGCUGCCAUUGAUGAAUUUGCCAGAACGCAAAAGUAUCUGAUGAAUGUCGGGGAAGAUAAAGGACGAAUAGUCACAGAGCUAAUUGCAGACGUCAAACCUCAGGUAAUGGUUGAGUUGGGUGGUUAUAUCGGCUAUUCAUGCAUUCUUUUUGGCGACGCUGUUCGCAAGGCUGGUGGCAAGCGAUACUUCAGCCUUGAGCGGAAUCCGGAAUUUGCGGCCGUCAUUUCCUCUCUGGUCGAUCUUGCAGGCUUAGGCGACAUUGUCAAAGUCGUGGUUGGCUCGAGCGAUGCUUCCAUCAAGAGACUGCAUGCCGCCGGUAAUCUCAAGUUCAUCAACCUGAUGUUCUUGGAUCAUUACAAGCCCGCUUAUACGACAGAUCUGAAGCUCUGUGAGGAGCUGGGCCUGGUCGGGAUAGGGACCGUGCUGGCUGCCGACAAUGUCAUCAUACCAGGCAAUCCUCCAUACCUCGAAUAUGUCCGAAGCACAGUCGAGGAAAAGCGACGUGCAAGCAAGUUGGCCAGUACAGUCAAUGGGGUUGAUACCCGAUUUGCCGACAAGACAGCCAAACAAUAUCACAAACGUGAAGGAGAAGCCAAACUUGACGAGACAAGGAUCGGUAAUCCUGGGCUGGUUUACGAGAGCAGGCUUGUCAACAGCUGGGAACCGUCAGGGGUGCCGGACGGUAUUGAGAUCACAAAAUGUGUUGGAAUAUCCACUAAUCCUUGAGCGGCGUCUCUAGCAAGCCGAGUCAAUGUCUAUGAUGAUCACAAGCAUUGGGAAGAACUAUUGGCUAUAGUAGGUAUUGCAGUGUCCGUACAGACUCACCACAACUGCGGGCUUGGG